UUCCAAGGCUACUGCAGCCGCACUGAGCUGGGACAGAGCCACUUUUGGGGUCAUUUUGUACAAUUUUUAGUGCUUGAGUGGCUCAGGUUGCGUGUUGGGGGGGUGGAAAUUGCCGGCUCAGGAUUUAUUUGCUCGGUGCAAGUUUUGCAAGUGGGGGGGUUGGGCAAUGCGAGCUUUCCUAAAGAGCUCGGAGGGGCUUUUCCAGCUGAAAUCCGGCACCACGAGCAUCGGGAGCCACAGAGGGGCUGACAUCGUGCUGCAGUCCGCAGGGGUAGCAGCUCGCCAUGCAGCCCUGGAAUUCUCCGCCUCGGACAAGAGCUUCAUCCUCCGGGACUUCAACUCCCCCCACGGCACCUUCGUCAACAGCUGCCGGGUGCAGAACGCGGCCGUCAGGGUGAGGCCGGGGGACAUCCUGAGCUUCGGCAGCGCGGGAGCGUCCUUCGAGCUGGGGCUGGACGGGGAUGCGCAGGUGCCCUGUCCCUCCUUGAAACGCCGCACGGGGUGGAGCAGGCAGCUCCAGGUGGUGGCAGAGCCCAAACCCUGCACUCCUGCAUCUCCUGUGUGCCUGCCCUCGCUGCAGUGGCAGCUUCCCCCCGAUUCCCUGGGCAGGGGAUUCCCCGGGCGUGUGCCCCAGCUGCUGCUGCCCCGGCGCCCUGCCAGUGCCCAGGACAGGAGCACGGCCAGUGCCACCUCUCUGGACAGCUCCAGCAGCACCUCUGCAGCCAGAGCAGUCUCAGCCAGCUUCUCUGGCAAUGGUGCAGGCAGUGUGGGGGGAGCCCCUUCCCUGGGGACUCACAAGGUGGAUCUCCAGGGUGAGAAGCUGCUGGAGAAGGAAAUGGGUCACCUUUUUGGUCUGGAAACAGAGCUAAAGGGGAAGGAUGUGGUGAUAAGAGAGCUGCAGGAGGAGAUCACAGCCAUGACAAAGAACCUGGCCCAGGCAGCUGUGAGGAAUGAGGCUGAGCUGACCCAGAAGCUGCUCACCUUCAACCAAGAGCUGGGAGCCCAAGCAGAGGAGAUCAGAGCCCUGAGGGAGCAGGUCAGUGACCUGCAGAAAGGCUCAAACCAGGUUUUCAGCCAGUCCCUCCAUGAGAGAGACCUGGAGAUCAGGAGGCUGCAGAGGGAAAGGGAGAAGUUGAAGAGGGACCAGGCUUUGAGUGCAGGUCUGGUGAGCAACAUGCAAAGGGAACUCCUGCAAAAGGAGCAGAAAAUCCAGCAACUCCAGCAAGAGACUGAAAAUCUGAAUAAGGAAAACCGAGAGAAGGACAAAGAGCUGGCCAUGGCUUCAGCCAAGUGCUCAAGAAUUAAAGAAGAAGCAAAGCAUGAACUCAGAGAGCAAGAACUGAUCUCCUGCAGAAAUAGCAUCCAGGAGCUGGAGCGGGACCUGGAGGGGCUGCAGAGGGAGAUCUGGAAGCAGGAGAGUGUCCAAAAGCAACUGGCUGAGAAAGCCAAGGCAGAGGAGGAGCUGAAGGCAGCCUGGUCCCAGCAGCUGCAGGAGAUGGGGCACAGGGAGCUCCUGCUGAGAUCUGACGUGCAGAGAGCUGGGGAGCAGCUGGAGUCCUUCAAGAGCCAAGUGAUGCAAGCCUGUUCUCCAUCAGCAGUUGGCAGCACAGGGGAAUCUGUGACAGAGCAGCAGGUGAUAGAGAAGGUCAGGCAGAUCUGUGAUGAGAACCAACAAAGCCAGGAGAGAGAGAAGAGUCUGCAGGAGGAAUUGAGCUCCAGGCUGACAAAGGAGAGGGAGGUGUCUGCAAACAUCGAGGUGCUCAAGAACUCCCUGCAGGAGCUCCAGGUGUGCCUGAGGAGCCCCUGCAGCAGCUCCAGCCUGCAAGGGCAGCUGGGGCAGCUGGAGAUGCUGUGCCUGGAUCCCCCCAUCUCAGCCAUCAGGACAGCAGUGCUGGACAUGGCACGUGGUGUCCUGACCUGGCUGGAGGGAGCAGAGCAGCUCCUGGACACAGCAGGGAUGGACCUGCACACCUCUGGCAAAGGGCUGUUGGCUGCUCUCAGGAGCUUCUCAGAAAGGAGUCAGGAGCUGGCACAGAGGAAUCAGAUGUUGCAGGAGCAAUUAGAGAAGCUCCAGGAGCUGCAGGCAGAGCUGCUGCAGGAGCACACAAAGGAGCUGGAAGCAAAACAUGAGCAAGACUUAGAGAUGAAAAUCCAGCAAAUUAUCCUGGAAAAGGACAAGGAGAGCAGACAGGUUCUGGAGAGUGCUGUCAGCCAGGAGAAGGACAGGUGCAAGAAGUCUGUGGAGGAAGAACAGAAGAAGAUCCACGAGCUGGAAAGCCACCUAAGAAGCAUGGCUGAGGCAACAGCAAAGAAGGCAGAGGAGCAGGAACUGACAGAGGGAAAGCUGAGAGAAGCUUUGCACGAGCUGAAGAAAAUCACUGCACAAGAGGCAGUGUUACAGCAGCAGGUGCUUCAGCAGGACCAGCAGCUCAAGGCUGCCCAGGAGGAAAAUGAGCUACAGAGGCACAAACUGCAAGAAGAAGUAGCAGGAUACAGGGAGCAAAGCAAGCAGCAUUCCCUGACUAUCUUGGCUUUAGAGGACAGGCUGCUGGAGGCCACUCAGCAGCAGAAGGUGCUGGAGGAGGAAAAGGCAGCGCUUGUGGAAAGAAUGGAAGGAUUUCAGUGUGAAGCCUACAGGUCAGCAUCGGGAGCUUGGCUGGAGAUUUGUCCUGCCAUGGAGUCUCAUGUUUGUGUCAGGAAGCUGCAGGAGGAGCUGGCAGUGGCACAGGGCACACUCCUGGAGAAGAAGGCAAUCAUCAGCAGGCUCACCAGGGAGCUGUCAGAAACCAGAGCCAGGAUGUCAGACAUGAGAGGGGAGCUGAGUGAAGAGCAGAAGGUGGAGCUGGAGCACAGCCAGAGGCAGCUGAAGCACCGGGAGUGGGAAGUGAACCAGCUCAGGGAGAAGCUAUCCGAGAUGUCCAGCCUUGUGGAGGAGAAGGAUCAGGCCCUGAAAGCAGCAUCUGAGGAGUUAAGCCGAGCCCAAAGGCGCUGCCUGCUGCUGAGGGAUGCUUCCCAACAAACACUGGAGAGCCCAGAGGAUGCUCCCAGGACACCGGUGCAGGAGCCACCAUCAGGCUUGGCUGAGCUUGGUGCAAAAUGCCGAGGCCUGAGGCACGAGGAAACCAUCCAGCACCAAAAAGAAGGUUUGGCCGAGCUCCGGGAGAGAGUGAAGGUGCUGGAGAAGAGACAGUGCUCAGGUGCUAUGAAGAGCAAUUCAGUGCCACUGGUUGUCCAGAUGAAAGACUCACCAGAGAAGAUAGUCCAGCAAAGAGGUCUUGAGCUGGAACCUGCACCUGUGAUGGGAGAAAAACUGAGGGCUGGCAAGGUUCCUAAUGGGGGCUCGUUCGGGAUCAGCACAGUGGAAAUGGCUGAGUACCUUGAUGUAAUUGGUGCUCUAGGAAGCCUGGUGGAGAUGAAGGAGCUGUCAGGAAUGCAGCCUCUGCAGCACCUUGCUCAGGAGAGAGGGGCAGAAGUGGGACUGCAGAGACAGAACACCCUGGAGCUGUUGUACAAAAAGAUCAGGAACCUCCAGGUUUGCCUGGAAAGGAAAGAAGAAAGGCUGAAAGAUUAUGAGGGAAGUGUGGAGCAGCUCAGGCAGAGCCAAGCUUCCCUGAGAAGGUGCCAGGAGGAGAUGUCCAGGCUGGAGGAUGAAGCCCACAGGGAGGCAGAGGAGAAGGCUCUUCUGCAAGAGGCUCUGGAGAGGAUGCAGCUCCAACAGGACCAGCAGAAGGGGCUGCAGCAAGUGGCCAAAGGGCACAAGCCUGGAGCCACAAAGCCUCUCUGCUCAGGCAAGCUGAAGGCCAAGAAGCACGUGGCAAAUGCUGUCAAACCAGGGAGCUCAUAGGAACAGCAGCACAGGGACCUUCACUGGUGCUGGCCUGCAGUGGAACAGGUCAUUGCUGUGCACUCUGAGGGUGGAGGUGCUGUGAGCUGUGGGUGCAUUUUGAGGAGCCCCAGUUUAUCCCAUAGCUCCUGGACACACACUGGUGUGACUGUACAAUGUAGGACCUAAUUCUCCCACAGUCCAUGUGCCAUAGAGUGUGGUGGGAUUUAUGGCAGUGGAAAAGGUGGUGAGGACAUAGUCCAGUGUACGUAUGUGUGUUUUUGAGUGUGUGAGCACAGCCCAGUGUGUGUGAAGGCCACUUGUGGGGGGUGUGAAGGCAUUUGUGGGGGUGUAUCCUGUCCUUGCUGAAAUGGCCUCAUGCACAUGAAGCCAACAUGGAUUGAAAUAUCUCUUGC